UACUGCACAUGCUGCACCCUCCUUUUUGCAGAAGUGACCUAAACCCAAGUUUACAUUUGAUUCUAUUCAAUCACAUGUCGGGUAGUAGCCUACACUUAUGAGAAGUGUGACGAUGGAGCAGUUACUUCGUUGAGAGUGAAUACUUGGAGGUGUAAUAGCCUAGCAUACUAGUCACAGUAUUCAGGGAAGAUCAUGGCGGCGGUGGAGGUGAGUGUGAGUAGCGGCAGUAGUGACACAUCUAGCACCGGCGAAGACGAGAGGAUGAGGCGAUUGUUUCAGACUUGUGACGGUGACGGUGAUGGAUACAUCAACAGGAAUGACCUGCUGAUGGUGUGCAGACAGCUAAACAUGGAGGGGUCUGUGGCAGAGAUCAUGGGCCAGCUGGGAGCGGACGAGCGAGGCAAGAUCUCCUUUGAGGACUUCACCCGCUGCCGCAUGCAGCUGGUCAACGAGAUCCGAAAGGAAGAGGGCGAGAUCUCCCAACGCUCCCAGGACUCUGACACUAGGAAGCUCAGGGAACACAUCGCCUCCUGGCCAACCAGUAGCGAGAUUAGCCGUGGAGCCAGAGAGAGCUGGGAGUACUACUCUGGGGCCCGGGACCUUCAGAGUUCAGACAUCCAGCCUCAGCAGACACAGACCCAGCAGCAGCCAGCCAUCCUCCAGAAGCUCCUGGAACAGCCUGGGACUGUCCUAGAACAGCAGGCUGCCCUUCAUAAACUCCUGGCCCAGACCAGUGCCCGCUGUGCCCCCCUGGCAGGAAACUACCUGGAGCUGGCCAACACACUCCACCUGGCAGCCCUGGCCUCGUUGAAGGGGGACGUAGUGGAGUUGAACAAGCGGCUGGUGCAGACGGAGAGAGAGAGAGAGAUGCUGGAGAAGAGACUGGCCAAGGCACAGUGUGAGCAGUCCUAUCUGACGCGGGAGCAUGAGGACGUUCAGGAGCGGACCACCCUACGAUACGAGGAGAGGAUCACAGAGCUGCACAGCAUCAUCGCUGAGCUCAACAAGAAGAUAGACCUGCUACAGGGCUCUACCAUCAGGGAGGAGGAUGAGUUUUCAGAGCUGCGUUCAGAGCUCAGCCACAGCCAGCAGGAGGUCAACGAGGACGGACACAGCCUGGACCAGGACGGGGCGUCCGUCUCACUGCCUGAAAACCACUCCACCCUGGUGACAGCCGACAUGGACAACUGCAGUGACCUAAACUCGGAGCUGCAGCGGGUUCUGACGGGGCUGGAGAGCGUGCUGUGUGGGAGGAAGAAGAGCACAUGCAGCCUGUCUGUGGCCGAGGUGGACCGCCAGAUAGAGCAGCUGACCACCGCCAGCGAACACUGUGACCUCGCCAUCAAGACGGUGGAGGAGAUCGAAGGGGCCCUGGGCCGGGACUUCUACCCCAGCCUGUCGGAGGAGCGGGUGCGCUGGGAGAAGGAGCUGGCAGGCCUGAGGGAAGAGAACGAGAGCUUGACAGCCAUGCUGUGCUCCAAGGAGGAGGAUCUGAACCGCACCAAGGCCACCAUGAACGCCAUCCGGGAGGAACGCGACCGCCUGAGACGACGGGUGCGGGAGCUGCAGACGCGUCUCCAGAGCUCCCAGCCUGCAGGCCCGUCCAGCCCUGGGCGUCUCACCCCCGCCUCCCGUCCCAUCAAUCCCAGCACUGGGGAACUCAGCACCAGCAGCAGCAGUAACGAUAUACCUGUGGCCAGGGUGGCAGAGCGGGUGAAACUGUCUAAAACCAGGUCAGAGUCUUCAUCUACCGAAAGGCCUGUUCUGGGAUCAGAGAUCAGCAGCAUCGGGGUGUCCAGUAACGUGGCGGAACACCUGGCCCACUCCCUUCAGGACUGCUCCAAUAUCCAGGAGAUCUUCCAGACCCUCUACUCCCACGGAUCAGCCAUCUCUGAGAACAAGAUCAGGGAGUUUGAAGUGGAGACAGAGAGACUCAACAGCCGCAUCGAGCAUCUGAAGUCUCAGAAUGACCUGCUGACCAUCACGUUGGAGGAGUGUAAGGGCAACGCAGAGAGGAUGAGCAUGCUUGUGGGCAAAUACGAAUCUAAUGCCACCGCCCUGCGACUGGCACUGCAGUACAGUGAACAGUGUAUAGAGGCCUAUGAGCUGCUGUUAGCCCUGGCGGAGAGUGAACAGAGUCUAGUACUUGGCCAGUUCAGAGCUGCUGGAGUGGGGACUGUAGGUGAGCAGUCGGGAGAGGAGAGCAUCACUCAGAUCUUGAAGAGGGCCCACGACUGCAGGAAAACAGCAGAGAACGCAGCCAGGGAUCUGCUGGGCAGGCUAGACGGUAGCUGUGGAGCGGAAUUCGCUGUGACAGGCUGCAGCGUUCAACCAUGGGAGAGCCUGUCCUCCAAUAGUCACACCAGCACCACCAGUUCAACGGCCAGCUCGUGCGACACAGACUUCUCCAGGGAGGACGAGCAGCGGCUGAAGGACUACGUGCAGCAGCUGAAGAAUGACCGUGCGGCGGUCAAGCUGACCAUGCUGGAGCUGGAGAGCGUUCACGUCGACCCUCUAAGCCUGGAGGUCAAGCCCCGGGGAGACACACACAGGUUGGACCUGGAGAACGCUGUGCUGAUGCAGGAGCUCAUGGCCAUGAAGGAGGAGAUGGCGGAGCUGAAGGCCCAGCUCUACCUGCUGGAGAAGGAGAAGAAGGCGGUGGAGCUGCAGCUGAGCACGCGGGAGGCCCAGGAGCAGGCCUACCUGGUGCACAUCGAGCACCUCAAGGCCGAGGUGGAGGAGCAGCAGGAGCAGCGCAGGAGAUCCCUCGGCUCCACUGGGAGUGGUAGUAAAGACAAGAGCCAAGCCGCCAAAGAUUGUGGAGACUCUCCGGCCAUCAGCUUGUCAGAUCUGAGGACACUUAAUGACAGCGACCUGUCAGCAGAGCUCACCAACGCACUGAGACGGGAGAAGAAGCUGAAGGGCCGUGUCCAGGAGUUGGUGGCAGCGCUGGAGAGACUAACCAAGAGCAGCGAGGUCCGCCACCAGCAGAGUGCCGAGUUCGUCAACGACCUUAAACGGGCCAACAGUAACCUGGUGGCGGCAUAUGAGAAGGCCAAGAAGAAGCACCAGGGCAAGCUGAAAAAGCUGGAGGCUCAGAUGAUGGCCAUGGUGGAGCGCCACGAGACCCAGGUCCGCAUGCUCAAACAACGCAUCGCACUGCUGGAGGAGGAGAACUCACGGCCUCACACCAAUGAGACCUCCCUAUGACAACUGAUGAGAUGCCCUAAUGAGAACUGAUGAGGCGUCCCUAUGAGAACUCACCGGAUAUCUCUGAGAACUCAUAAGACAUCGCUAUGAGAACUCACCAGACGUCGCUAUAGAAACUCACUAGACAUUGCUAUGGGAACUCACCAGACGUCUCUAUGAGAACCUACGAGACGUUGCUAUGAGAACUCACCAGACUUCACUAUGAGAACUCACAAGAAUACAUGGCAAUGAGAGACAUCACUAUGAGAACUUGCAGCCACAUACUAACAAGACGUCGCUAUGAGAUCUCAGGAGAACUUACUAGGAGAACUCACAGCUCCACACCAACAGGACCUCCGUGUGAGCAUUAUUAUGAGCAACGGUUAGAGGAGGGGACGAGGGAGAGGAAAGACUGGUGUGUGCGUGUGUUGUGAAUGUAACCCUUUCCUACCAACCCAGAGAUAGCCUGCCGUCCUAUUGGGCACAUACACGUGUGGGAGGACACUGCGGUGAUAGCUGCAAACUCAUUGGCCAGCCGAUGGACUGGUAGAACUGCCAGGACCUAUCAGAGUUGACGCUACAAAUGACCGCUAUCAAUCAUCUCUGGAGAACAACACAUAAUCAUAAUAUACUUUUUUUGAAAGCACUACUAUCCUUUCUGGCAAAUGAUUCACUAUUAUGUCUCCCACUUUAUUUUAUAUUUAAGCUUUGAUAUGGUAGCCUUUUUGUUAUCUCAAGGUUUGACUGCAAAUUAUUUUGGAAAUAUUUUAUAUCGAUGUUGACAUUUAAAGUUAUUCCAUUUUGUUGCCAUUUGGAACUAUGUUAAGCGAUUCCCUUUUAAGGAAACCAUUCUCUCAGCUCUACUUACCAACUUCCCAGUUUUCAGUAUACAAUGUACACUCUGCCAUAGUGAAGACUCACUGAACACAAGGGCUCUAUUCACUCAAACCUUUCACUGGGUUUGACGUCUGAAUAUGUCAAAAACAUCAUUCUUCUUGCACUGUCAUUUGAAUUGUCACACAGGUAAAAAAAUAAAAAUAUUUGAUGUAUCCGGCAAGCCUGCUUCCCAGAUUGGCAUAGGGCCCUAAGUCAAUACCUCACAGUGUGCAAAAAAAUCCUUCCAAUAUGAAUGGCAGUGUUUCAGCAUGGGCCUUCAACUGUACAGCAGUGAAUCAAUCGCAAGAUACUAUAGUAAGUGUGUGGGCAUGGAGGGGAGAUAACAAUAGGGUUUUAAGUGUGUGUGUGUGAGAAAGUUUGUGGUAGAGAUACAAGAGUAUGCCUUUGUCAUCCCCUUCAUGCACACAGAUUUGUUGUACACACAAACAUCCUCUCCAGCCGCAGCACUUUUCACUUCCCGCUGGAUAAUAUCACCACAUUGCCUUGUUGAGGACUCUUUGUUUUUCUGCAAGACUUAAACCCGUACCUCAGUGUUAACCAAUGGCUGCUCCACUCUCUCUGGAUGAGGGAACCACCUACUAUUCUAUAGCAAUCUGAGAUGCUGCAGUCUCUCACUCUACCUGACUGCUGUAUUGUUCAACAUACGUACUACUGUAUCUAGCUACUAUAAGUAUACUUAAGCAGAGACAGACUGGCACCCUGGUGACACCCAUGUUUCUAGAAAACCCUCAGUAGCCUGGUAUACAGACAUUUUAAUUAGGCAGGGGUGGGUCAAUUUCAUAUAAAUAUUCAUGGUAUAUUGUCUUUGACAAUAUUUUGCUUCGAUUCAUUAACCGAAUGUCCUUUUCAUUCCCUGAAUUUCAAUGUAUUGACCCCAGUCCUGCUAUUUGGUAAGACCCACAGCAUAUGAAAGCAAGCACUGGCGUGUAGACUAUUAAUGUAGUAGUGAUGUAAUUUCCUCUCAAUAAACUGUUAUGAUUAUAAUAUUACUUAUCACGCAAAUACCUGUAUUCUGUUUCUGUUGCGCAUCUCGACCAGACGACACUCAAGUGAAUCUGGGGUAUACUCCAGUUUAGUGGGUGGUCUCAUCUGUUCUGUGAAUGAGACAAGAGGGGUUAGAGGGGUGGGAAAAGGGGGGUUGGGGGUAAGGAAGGAGGGUUGGCAAACUAAUGACCUUAUUUGCACAGAUAUGUUUUGGAAUCAAAUCUUGGCAAUCAUUGUUUUGUUGAUUUUAAUACAGAUUGUAUUUGUUUAUAUAAUAAAGUA